UUAGCUUCGAUGCGAAGCUGAGAAGGUAUUAGUUUUACUAUGAUGUGUUUUUUUUUACUGUUACCACUUUUUCUCAGCUCUCACCGAGCGGAUUUCUUUCAACGAUACGUCAAAAGAUCACAAAUCGUAUCUAGUCGAAGAUAUUACCCUCAAAAAUUGAAAAUUAUUCCUUUGUUCCUCGUAAAUGGGGGAAAUCCCCAAAAAAAUUACAAAUUUAAAAAUCGCUAAUUUGAGAAAUUUUUAAAAUUUUUUUUACUUAAAACUGCCAUAACUUUUUCAAAAAUGAACAAAUCAAUAUAAUUUUUUUUUAUAGACGUUUGAUGUAUUUACCUAUUAUUUGGUAUAUAUUUUUUAUACAUUUAACCCUUUACCAGCCCACAGGGGGGAAUUCAAAAUGACAACUUUUUCAACUUAACUUUUGAAUAUGUUCCGGAAAUACUGACACUUUUAUAUAUAUCUUAAAUUAAAGCUUAUGUAAUAUACGUUAAUAUUAAAAAAAAAAAUUUUGGACUUUAUUUUGUCUUCACGGUGAAAAUAUAUUUUUAACUUUAUAAUGCUAUAACUUAUUGAAAAGUGUAUGGAUCAACACAAUUUUUUUAUGAGAAAUAAUAUUUUUUAAUAAUCCCUUUUUCAUUUUUUAAAAGUACUCGUAUCGAACAAUCUAUUUUGAACCACUGACCACAGUCCACAAAUCACAAUACAAUAGAUUUCCUAAUCAGUGUAAUUAAAUGCCCGUUUAUUGAGAAGGCAAGAAAUAUCAAACAUUCUGUAUAGCCGUAUAGGCACAAUCGCACAGACUAUAUACAUAUAUUUUCAUAUAGUCUGUGAUAUAGACAGGUACUAUGAAAUCGGGGACAUACACGAAUGCUCUAAAUAAUAAUAAUAAGUUAUUAUUAACAUUAUUAACCUUGUACGUUAUUAAUUUUCGAUUGAUUUGCACGUGUGCAACCGCUCCUUCUUUUUUACAUUUUUUAAAUAUUUUGUUUAUUAAAUUAUUUUUCAAAAAAUUAUGUCUCCUCCAAAGAGCAAAGUUUGGAUAUAUUUUUAAAAAAAUGACGCUGUUCUUGCAUUAUGCAAGCAUUGUUUACAAGAAGUAUGCUAUUUUGGCAAUACUUCAAAUUUAUCCAAACAUUUAGAAAAACAUCUAAAUUUGACUAAUACUAAAUCAUCCAUAGUCACACAGUCAAAAUUGACUAUCACUCAAAAUUCUGUAUCGCUAUUGCUUACAUUGCCAGAACCUUGCUCAUCAAAAACUCAGUCGCGACAACUAACGCUUUGUAUGGAAGACUCUGAGCCAGAGGAAUGUGUAGACGAUCCACCACAGGCUCUACAACGUCUAAAACACCCUAUUGUUGAAGCUUUUCAAAAAAUUAGCUCAUAUCCAGAAGGUGGUCAUCAUUUUCGUAAAAUAACUAUGGCAUUACUUUACUUUAUUUGUAAAGAUUACCGUCCAUUUUCUGUAGUAGAAGGAAAAGGAUUUAGACGGUUCAUUAAAGAAUUGGCACCAUCAUACAAAGUUCCCUCUGUUAACACUAUAAAAAACGCCCUUGAUAAUAUAUAUGAGGUUAUUAAAGCUGCAUUAAAAUUGCGUUUGUCAAAUUCACUUCAUGUAUCUCUGACAUUCGAUACAUGCGAUAGUAGAUUUAAGAAAGUUGUCAAAGUUGGACACCAUUUCUUCUAGUGAGUCAGAAGGAGAACAUUCUAAAACAGACAACUUCGAUUUUUAGGCACAUCAUAAAUAUUUGGUUCAUGGCCAAAAAAAGAAAAAGACCACAACUUUUAUGAACGAUGAGUUAUCGUUAUACUUAUCAAAUCCAGUAUCAACCCUGAAGUCUGAUCCUCUUGAAAUAUGGGAGGAUAUGAAACACGUAUUUCCUAUUUUGUAUAAACAAGCGCGUUUGCAUUUUACCAUGGUUGCAACAUCUGUUCCUUGCGAACGACUUUUUUCAAAGGCUGGAGCAUUAUUAACCAAAUCUAAGAAUCGUUUAACUAGUUCUCGCCUUCAAAAAAUAUUAUUGUUAGCUGAUAUCCCAGAGGAAGAUUGGUUUUAGUUAUAUUUUUUAUAUUAGUAUUUUUUUUUUAUGUACCUAUGUGAAAACUGGCUAAUUAUGACCAAUUAUAAAUUAUAAUAUUAUUAGUAUUUUGUAUAAAUGAAUGUAUA